CUAUUCUUUCCCACUAGUUCUUUUUGCUCAUUCCUCUUUUGCUCAAACUCUCUGUUUCUCUCUCGUACCAUCACAAUUAUCCAGAGCUUUUCAGCCAUGGCUACAGAGUAUGACUAUUUGUUCAAGCUUUUGCUUAUUGGGGAUUCUGGUGUUGGCAAAUCAUGUCUUCUCUUAAGAUUUGCGGAUGAUUCAUAUUUGGAUAGUUACAUUAGCACCAUAGGAGUUGAUUUUAAAAUACGAACUGUGGAGCAAGAUGGGAAGACCAUCAAACUACAAAUUUGGGACACUGCUGGGCAAGAAAGAUUUAGGACAAUCACCAGCAGCUACUACCGUGGGGCACAUGGCAUCAUAGUUGUUUAUGAUGUGACAGACCAAGAGAGCUUUAAUAAUGUGAAGCAGUGGCUGAAUGAAAUUGAUCGCUAUGCUAGUGAUAAUGUUAACAAACUUUUAGUUGGAAACAAGUGUGAUCUUACCGCAAAUAAAGUUGUAUCAUAUGAAACAGGCAAGGCAUUUGCGGAUGAAAUUGGCAUUCCUUUUAUGGAAACCAGCGCAAAAGAUGCCACUAACGUGGAACAGGCUUUCAUGGCCAUGGCUGCUGCAAUCAAGGAUAGAAUGGCUAGCCAACCGGCUAUGAGUGCGAGGCCUCCAACGGUAGAGAUCCGAGGACAGCCUGUUGCUCAGAAGAGCGGCUGCUGUUCUUCUUGAGCAAAAGAAAUUACCAGUAAGCUUUAGCAAUGCUCUUCUUCGAUGGCAUGUAAAGUCUUCUGUGCCAACCUAAUUAAAAUUAAGGGGUCUGGAAACUGCUACCUGGAGGAUCCCAUUCUUCUCAACACUCUUAUUUAUGAGAAGGCCUGUAAAAAUAGAGUUGCUCAUUAAUAACUGUCAUGUAUUUUUAUAGCUGCUUGUUUCGUUUCUGCAAAUAAUACUGUGCCUCUCUUUUAUAUAAGUUUAUCUUUUGCAUUGC